AUGACCACAACCAAGCUGCUCUUUGUCGUGGCCCUCAGCCUGGCUGUUUUCGCCAUCGCGGCCGUGGCCGACGACGACUACGACAAGUACGACGAUAACAAGGGGCCGUGCAAGGGCGGCUACUGGCCGGAUGGCAAGGGCUGCUGCCCGAAGAUCAUCCACGGCAAGGCCUACUACCGUGACGGCAACAAGUGCUACCCCAAGGACGUCGGCUGUGGUGUCUACUACGCUGAUGGCAACGGGUACUACCCGGACGAGAAGGGCAACUACCCUAAGGACGGCGAGGACUGCGACGAUGAGCGCAAGUGCCACAAGUACUGCAUCCGUCCGGAGCAUGACGACGACUACCACGAGAGAUCGACCACCAGGAAGCACCACCGCACCACGUCGACCACCGAGGAGUGCCCCAAGGAGACCACCUCGACCAGGAAGGAGACCACCUCCACGAAGAAGCAGACCACCACCACGCCCAAGGAGACCACUACCACCAGGAGGGAGACCACCUCGACCAGGAAGCACCACACGACCUCGACCACCGAGGAGUGCCCCAGGGAGACCACCUCGACCAAGAAGCACUACACAACUUCCACCGAGGACUGCCCCAAGGAGACCACCUCGACCAAGAAGCACACACGCACCACGUCGACCACUGAGGAGUGCCCCAAGGAGACCACCUCGACCAAGAAGCACUACUCCACCACCAGCGAGAAGUGUGAUGACAAGAAGAAGCAGUGCCACGGCGGCCAGUGGAGCGACGACGACGGGUGCUGCCCGCGCAAGAUCGGCCACCAGUGGUACUACCGCGACGCCCACGGGUGCUACCCGGUCGAGCGCGAGUGCGGCGGCGUGUACUACGCCGACGCCAAGGGCUGCUACCCGGACGAGAACGGCAAGUACCGCGCCGCCGGCGAGAAGUGCCCGCACCACCAGCAGUGCAAGCGCGAAUGCGACGGCAACAAGAAGUACCACGAUGACGAUGACUACUAG